CUCAUGAAUAUGCUCUUUUGCAUUUAUUAAACUGCAGGUUGAUACAACGCACAGAAUUCAAAACUUUGCCAUGGUUGCUAGGGCGUCGCAGUUUGUGCGUCAACCUUUGCAAAUGGCGGGUGCAACUGAAAGCGCAUAAGAGCAAGCUUAAUCUACAGCUGUGACUCGGUCCCGCCAGAAGCCUACAGCCGUGGACUUCCGGCCGUGCGUUUAGCGAGUUUCGCCGCUGUUUCAACGCCUAACGAGCAAACAUGCAAAGCAGGAAGGAACUCGCUGAAGCUGGCCGCCGAAAGCUGGAGGAAUUUCGGAAGGCUAAAGCACAGGGGAAAGUGACAACGCCAGCUGCAGUUAGCAAGCAUCCAGCAGAUGCGCCGCCUACUGUUGCAGUCACGCUCGGGGAGGCGAAUGGCAGCGUUCAUCAGGCGCCGCAGGGCAGUGCUGCCCCCGUCAAGCCGUCCGCAGUUGGAGCACCAAACAGCGCCUUGCAGGGCGUCACCGUGUGGCCUCCGUCGGCUCCAACACCUCUUGGGAGCGUGCACCACCUGCCGGUGGCGUCAGCAGCGGUGUCAGCACCGAUUGUCCCUGCCGCUGAACCGUCACCUGCAAAGUCACCCGCAACCACGUUUGUGGUCCUGCAGGAUGCUCCCAUUCCGUUCGGCGCCCCGUCGCCUAUUGCUAGUCCAAUACCUCGGCCUAGUAGCAGCAGUGGCGUGGGCGCUGCCCCGGCACUACCUGGGACGAGCUCAAGUGGUGUGUUCCCCUGGCUGCCCGUCAGCAACCCCGCCAUCAGCGUGGCUCAGCGCAACAGCAGGUCUCCCUCAGCCUCCGACUCCGGCUCGGCGCAGCCCGCAGCUGAGGCCCCCACUGCGCCCACCUGGAGCGCGGGCCCCACGACGGAGACCUCCGUUGCACCGCAGGUUGGCCCCAGCGGCCCCCCAGCCGCCGCCAGCAGCUGGUUCGGAGCGCCAGCAUCAGCGGCGGCGGGGAGUCCCGUGGGCGACAUGUCCGGCAGUCGGCCCGCGGAGCAGUCCUACGCGCCGUCAGCCUCGCCUCUAGCAGCCGAGGCAGCAACGGCGCCUGUGCAUCGCCCAGAUGGGCAGGCACCAGGUGUCAGCACGGCUGGCGCUGUGGGGGCACCCUGGGAUACCACGGGGCCCAGACCGGCUGUGGAGGGCCAGCCUGCUUUGCCCGCAGCGGGUGGUGGUGAUGCGGGAGGACGUGACGCUGGCCCCGCUGCCGUGCCAAAGACUGCAAUGGGGACCCCGGGCGCCAAGGCGAUGGGGACGACGCAGUGGGGUGACACAGCCCAGCAUGCUGCAGCGGCGGAGUCGGACGCGGGGGUGGUUGCGCAUCCCGCAGCGUCCCAAGCCUAUGACCCUGAUGGCUCGGCGGGUGCUACUGGGUUUUCGGCGCUGUCGGAUUCCUACAUGCCAGGCGCUGCUGACCAGAGCUCUGGCGCAGCCUUCGCGCAGUCCACAGCUGCGAGUGUGUCUACAGUAGCAUCGGGCGCACUGGCUGUGCCCAGCGCUGCGGCCCCUGUUGGUGGGGACGUGAGGCCAUCAUGGCUGGCUUACUCGGCUCCGGCACUCGAGCCCGUUGCAGGGGUGGUCCCGGCCGGGUUGGCGCCUUCAACGCUUCCCCAUCACUCCACGCCGCCGGUGUCUGACCCAACCCAAGCCCACGCCGCUGACCCCUUACGCAGCACGCAGCAUGCGCUGGCAGACUCCAAACCGAUCCCGGAGGAGGUGUCAGUGUCCCUCCCUGCUGUCGUGCCGCCGGCGGAGCGCGACAGCGCUGCUGGGGCAUAUGCAGCCCCAACUGCGGCUGCUGCCACGUGGGGGCUGUCGACCGGGUACGACCAGCUGUCGGAUAGCUACCUCAGUCCGCUUCGUCCGACCGCAGCAACCACCGCCUACCCAGACCCUGCAGCCGCAGCACCCGCACCCGCGCAGUCUCCGGCCCCCGCAGCGACGCCCACCCUGCCGGCAACCACCCAGAAACCCGCGGAAGCGCCGAUGGUUGCUCAUGGCGGCUACGCCAGUGCCACUCCCCCCCGGGAGAGCGCCCCCUCACCGCUGCUUCCGCUGUCGUUCCCCGCGGCGUCCCCGGGGGCACCAGGUACGUUGCCGGCCGGCAGCCUCGGCUUGGAUGGUGGGGUUGCAGCCGCCACGCCGCAGGCGGUCAGCAGCGAUGCCUUCCCGGACCCAGCUCAUGCCCGGCCGGCAGCAACGGCACGCGCCCCUCCGGCUCCCUCACGGUUUGCAUGGCUGUUCGGCACUCCCAAGGUGCCGGCUGCACAGGAAGAGCCGCAGCCCCCGCCCAUGCCCGCAGCGACUCCGGCGCCCGCGGUUCAGCCCACGGCGCCUGCCUCUGCAGCUGCACCUGAGCAGCCGGCAGCGGUGCAGGAGGAGCCGCAGGCAUCUCGGCCCCUGCCGUCGCUUUCCGAGGAGCAGCCCACCGUGUCGUACGGAGCAACGCCUUUCACAGAAUCCACAUCCCGGCUCAGCGCCGGCACCGCAUCUUUAGGCGGGCAUGCAGGGGUAGGCGAGGGAUUUCGCUCGCCACAGACGGCUUGGGGCUCCUCUCCCGAGGUAGGCAGCGGGUCUGUUAUGCCGGCUUCUGCGGCUCCCGAUCACCGGACAUGGGAGCCGCUCAAGGCUGCAGCCUCCGGAAGCCCGGGAGAGGCCUCUGGCCGCAGCAACGCGGAGGCUGCUGGGCUCCUCUCAUUCCGCUCUCCGGAUCCCCGCUGGCCCGACGAACUGCCGAAGCAGGAUACUUCUGCCAGCGGGCUGAGCUGGGGCGGCCUGGGAGGAGGUGAGGAGCGGCGCACCAGCCCGCUUGCGUCAGCAGGUCCUUUCGGCGCCAGUGCAAACGCCUCUGCUGCAGGCCUGGGGCUCCAGAAACCGGAUGGUGCGUUGCCGUCAUUCCUCCGCCCAGCGGCUGCUGCGUCACAAGGCGAGCGACCGCACCCAUCGGCGGGUGCUACAACCGCUGCGCCGUGGGAGGCGGCGGGCGCUACCAUCACUCCUUCUGCACCAUCUUUCAGCACGUCCUUCCUCCCCGCCUCAGCAUCUGGGGCGGCGUCGUCAGCUCCGAGCCUGCCGCCCCGCCCGCCAGCUCCCCCGCAGCCCGCCGCGACCUCCACCAGCGCCACCAACCCGCAGUUCGCAGCCGCCGCCAGCUACCUGUCUGCCUACUCGGCCCAGCCUCCAGCCGGGGACGCCAGCGCUGCCGCCACGUCAUCAACCGCGUCCUUUCUUGAGUCGUACCUGGACAACCUGCUCUCCACGAUGCCGGCCAGUGCAAACAGCAGCGACGGAAAGGCGGCGCAAGCCGCCGAUUCCAAUGCAGCAGCCGGAGCCGCUGAUGGCGCCCAGGGCACAGCAGGCGCCAGCAUGGCGGGCACACCGCGCACGUCGCAGUCCGGGGAUCAGGAUGUUGGCGGGGAGCCACGCUCUCACGGCCAGGAGGGUGCUGGCCGGGGUCCCGAGCGUGACGGUGGCUACCCCGAUGACGCGGGUGAAGGCAGCUCUGUGCAUGGGCACCUGGAAGAGCUCGCGGUGAGCAGCAGCGGCUACGCAGGCGGCGACAUGGGGGCCAUGCGGGCCGGUGCGCUGUCCCGGCCGGAGAGCAUGAUGAAGCUGCGAGGGCACCACUCCCGGCGCGCCUCGGUUGAAUCAAUGGGCGUCGUGUCGGAAUUCUCGCAUGCAACGGGCCUUGGAGCCUACGGCAACGGCGCCAGCAGCACCAGCAAUCGCGCCCAGUUUGCUGCGCUGCAGCAGCACAUCGACGAGCUGACUGAGGAGAAGCUGGCCCUGUCGCGCGGCCUGCAGCAGCAGACACGCAUCAACGAGCAGCUGGCGGAGGAGAACCAGGCGCUGAUGCUGCAGUACAACGCGCGCGGUGCUGCGAUGGAGGAGCUGCAACGUAAGAUAAAGCAGUACGAGCAGGAGUUGCAGGCGCAGGCGCUGUCGCUGGAGGGCUUCUCGGAGGAGCGCCACGCCGCCCGCAGCAGCUACGCGGAGGCCAGCGCCCGGGCGCAGGCGAUGGCUGCCGAGGUGGUGGGCCUGGAGUCGCAGGUGCUGCAGCUCAAGUCCGCCGUGCUCAAGGCGGAGCGGGCGGCGGAGGAGUCACAACAACGAGCACGCACGCUGGAAAAGCAGGUGGCUUCGCUGACGCAGGAGGCUGCUGAGCGGGCGCAGGAGCUGCAGCAGGUGCAGCUCAAGGGGCGCAACCUGGUGGUCAAACUCAAGCAGACGGAGGCCAAGCUGCAGGCGGCGGAGGAGAAGCUGGAGGCGCAGGCGGCGCUGGUGGGGCCGCACGGCAUGCUGGGCGCCAGGCUGCUGAACGGGUACGGCCCGCACGCCGCCCCGCCCAAGCCAACGGCGGAGCAGGAGGUGCAAUGCGACCUGGCGAGUGAACAGGCGCCGCCAGCGGUGCCGCAGCAAAGUACUGCCGCUGCCGGGGCUGUCAACCUGCACUCACGCACCAACAGCGGUGUCCUGACCGCUUCCGGCUCGCGUGUCGACUUGGCAGCGAUUGCCCAUGGCAGCAACUCUGCUGCGCUCACGCCACAGCCACAGCCAGAGACAGCGGUGCCCAGCCAGGCUCCCAGCGGAGGCGGCGCUGGGCCAGACGGCCAACUCGCCCUUGUACCCACCACCGCCUCCGCCGGUCCCUCGAGUGACAGCCCCGACACGCCGGACAACCUUCAGCAGCAGCAGCACCUGGUGGUGGUGGACUGGUCAGCUGCGCGGCCGCAGCAUGACGCGCCCAGCAGCGUGGUGGCGGACCGCGCGCUGUCCUCCCUGGACACCGGCGCGCUGCGGCGGGGGCAGCAGGGCCUGCCGGAGGGGCUGGAGGGGGUGGCGCUGCAGCUGGCGCGGUGGCUGCCGGCGGGGCCCGUCAGCGGCGGCGACCCGGUGGCGGUGAUGGUGGAGGAGGAGCUGCGGCUGAUGCAGUCCAUACACGAGCUGAUCGCCAACUUUGAGGAGGCGCAGGAGGUGAAGGCAAAGCAGGUUGCGGAGCUGCAGGCUCGCGUGGAGAGCUUGACCCAGGAGAACAGUGAGCUGCUACAGAAGCUGGAGCUGCAGACGCAACGGCUGGAGUUGCACUUGCAGGGAAGCAUGUCAGCGGCGAGUGGCCAGUCAUUCUCCCUCCACCAGACCCCCUUGGAUUUGGGUGGUGUUACGAGUGGCACCAGCAACCCCCUGGCCACCGCCGCGGCGCCCGAAGACUACCCGCCAAUUGCUGCAGUCUCAGCUCCCGUGGACCACCUCACAACACCAACACGCUCCGCUCCAAGCUUCGACAGUCAUAUGGCCGACGUUGGCAGCGCAGGGCCACCCAGCAGGCAGCAGGGCUGGAUGGGCUACUUGUUCAGGUCCCGCCAGAAAAAGCGUGUCCGUGCCGCUUUGUUGUAGAUGAGCUGUCACUUGUCGCACGCAUGUCAUUCCUAGUCGCAAAUGAUUCACCCUGCUGAAGUAUUGUGGUUGCAUUGUGAAUGGCUGCGAGUGCUGUUGGUGUUUGCAUAGCAGUAAGUUGUGCAUUACUUGCCUAUAGGAUGGCGGGCAACGGCUUAGUACGAUCCUGUACAUCGAUGGCUGAUGCUGAGAACUGUAACUGGGUCUCUCACCUCUUCAUGUCCUGCUGUGGUGUGACGGUACAUUACCCAGGGGGAAUAGUACCCAACCCUUGUCACGACGGCGAGCUUCACUUCGACUUCUCCGUUAGGCUGCUAAAGGGUCCGGCGCAACUACUGAACUCGCAUGUGGACAGG